AAGUACUUCCGGUCAUUCGCGCAUGCGCAUCGAAAAGCAUUCGGUUUGAUUAGGUGGCUGUUCCUCGCCAAGUAGUUCGUUAAAUUUUAAAGUUAACUCUUUGUUCUAAAUUGUCGCUUAUCGACGCCAAAGUCAUGCGGGCGUUCUGGUUAGUCGUGGUUGCGGCGCUGUCUCUGAGUCCCGCCGCGGUGAGCGGAGCCGACAAGAAAAAGCUGCAGAUCGGCAUCAAGAAGCGCGUGGACAACUGCCCCAUCAAGUCCCGAAAGGGUGACGUGCUGAACAUGCACUACACCGGAAAACUGGAGGACGGCACCGAGUUCGACAGCAGCAUUCCCCGCGACAGACCCUUCACCUUCACCCUGGGCACGGGACAAGUGAUCAAAGGCUGGGACCAAGGCCUGCUGGGAAUGUGCGAGGGGGAGAAGAGGAAGCUGGUCAUCCCUGCUGAACUAGGCUACGGAGACCGGGGAGCUCCACCAAAGAUUCCCGGGGGAGCCACGCUCAUCUUUGAGGUGGAGCUGCUCAGCAUUGAGAGAAGAGCUGAGCUCUGACGACGAGAAGGAAGGAAGCUUAGACUAGAUUUAGCAGGUGCUGCUGUUGCACUAAGGAGACCAUGAUGGAAGCUGACAAACAAGACAAAACUUCUCAGCAGAACCACAACUUUUUAUUAUGAGAUGAGGUUUUGGACUUGCUAUGUAACUAAAGAACUGUCAGUCAACAGCUGAGUUCAUCUUUUGUAGAGAACUGUCCUGCUUUUGAGCAAAAUGAUUCUUAAUUUCAAGAAACUUUGAAGCAACCUCAAAUACAUGUCUGUAUUUCUUUCCUUUUUUUAAUAGUUGUGUUUACAUUAAAUCAAUCAAAAUUAAUCUGUGGGACAACAGAUUAGAAACAUCUAUGUUCAUUUUGUUCCAAAAAUAAAAAGCUGACUUGUGUUUA